AUGUUUGUAUUCCGCGUGCUUAACACCGUGCCGUAUAGUAACCAAGCUGGGGCUAAAGAUAUUGUUGCUAGCGUGCAUUCUUUUUUUACUUCUAAUCUGUUGGUUGGUUUGGCAGUGCUCCUGUCGUACAAACAGUUCGGGGGGAAACCGAUUGAAUGUAUGGUACCCACAGACUUUACUAGUGCAUGGGUUCAGUAUGCGGAAAAUUAUUGCUGGGCUCAAGAGACUUAUUAUGUACCAUUUUCUGAUCCUGUUCUGGCGGCUAGAAACGGUGAAAGCGCGACCCAGAAGAUUUCUUAUUAUCAAUGGAUGCCGUUCUUUUUCCUUUUCGAAGCGGCUUGUUUCAAGCUACCCUGCUUGAUAUGGAAAUACUUCAGUAGUCAAAGUGGAAUGAGAGUAGGUGAAAUUCUGAGGUUAGCAAGUGACGAUCAUAACACUGUUCCCGAAGUGAAGAAAGCUAAUAUUGCGUCUUUGUGUUUUCACCUGCAAGGUGCCCUACGAUUUCAGAAAAGAUUGAAGAAGAAAAGUUUGGUUCCUCACAAAGUUUUGCGCUUUCUGAACAUAAAAUACUCAACCUAUUACGUGGUGUUCAUCUAUUUCGUAGCCAAGUUCGCCUUUCUACUGAACGUUGGCUUGCAAUCGAAGUUGUUGAACAGUUACAUGUUGAGCAAUGGUGAUAUGGAGUCAGGCUUAACCAACUACGGUUUUGAUAUCUGGUAUUCUUUACUGCAAGGAAAUACAACAUGGAAAACAAGUGGCUUGUUUCCGCGAGUAACACUGUGUGACUUUGAAGUACGAGAGAUGGGUAAUAUACAGAAACACACCGUGCAAUGCGUGCUACUCUUGAAUGUGUUCACCGAGAAAAUUUUCAUAAUAUUAUGGGCUUGGUACUUGAUCCUAGCUGCAUUCACUACUUGUAACUUGUUCAGUUGGGCUUUUAUCAUUUUUAGUGAGACCUCUAAGGAACAUUUUAUUAUCAAUCACUUAGAGAUGUGCGAAGCUCCAUUUGAUAGAUCAAAUGCAGAAAAUCAAAAGCAUGUAGAUUGUUUUAUUGAUUUCUAUCUAGGCCUGGAUGGUAUCUUACUACUCCAACUCAUAGCUCAGCACGCUGAUGUUGUCUUUACUACCGAGCUAAUAGGAGCUCUAUGGCAAAGUCAUUAUGCUGUUGAAGAACAGAGAAAGAUGUUGAAGCAAGUUCAAAGUAUAUUGCCUAAAACAUCAGUAGCAGAUGGGAAAAAGAGUGAAGCUACUACACCUGAUGGACCACGCAUUCGCAAUCCUCGAGCUUCAAUUCCUGGCCCUGCCUUGAAGAGAACAACAAGUUUUGAUGACGCAGAGUUAUGUGCUCCGAAAAAGUUCGACGACAGUAGUGAUGAAGAUUCAUCAAAAAAGUCUUCAACCCAUCAAACCACUCCGGAGCAUAAGGGUUCCAAGAAAUCCAGUAUUAAAAGCAAAAAAAUUACUUAA